AUGCAAGCGCUGAUGCUUCUCUUGAACAGCCGGAGUCUGAUUCUGGUUGUGAUAUCCUCUCUUCUGCACGGCCUCCUGUGUUUUCCAGCCGAUGCUAAGAAUUCGGGGCGCACCACUUUUGUCCUCGAUGGUACGGGCAACAUGAUUUUUGAGGGCGACGCCACUGCGGUGCGCUCCGAAACUGUCUUGAUGCUCACAAACGCUUCACGGUUCUCGAUGGGUCGGGUACUCUACUCGACGCCCGUGCGCAUGAAACCGCCAAACCAGGACGGCACGGUUUACUCGUUCAAGACGAACUUUCUUUUCACGAUUUACGCGCCACCGUUCGGGCCAAACGGGGACGGGUUGGCCUUCCUGAUGACGCCAUCGAAAUCGAUGGCGGGGGCCGCGGUGGGGGAGUAUUUAGGCCUCACCGUUAACCCAUCCCCAUCAAAUAGUUUCUUCGCAGUGGAGUUCGACACGCUGAAGAACGAAAAGUUCCACGACCCAGACGACAACCACGUCGGCGUCGACCUAAACAGUUUGGAAUCCGUAGCGGUCAAGAGCGCCGGGUUUUUUAACAUCUUGAAUGAGUAUGAAGCACUAAAUUUCACCCUGGGCCGGGGCGUCCAGGCGUGGAUCGACUAUGACCAUCCCAGAACUCAGCUUAACGUCUCCAUCAUAUACGCCGGUUUUCCCAGGCCGUCAAAGCCGCUGAUCUCUAUCGACUUGAACCUGUCGGCAUUUUUGGAAGAAGAAAUGUACGUUGGGUUCUCUGCAGCAACGGGGGAGUUCGUGGAGAUGCAUUAUGUUGUGUCUUGGAGCUUCACCAAUGACGACAGGUUGCCGUCAAUGGAAACAACCGUUGCCCACGAGUCGAAAAACGGUCGUCCUAGGGGCCUCUCGGUUUUCAUGGUCAUAGUAAUUACAGUAAGCGUCGUCAUGGCUUCUGCGCUUACGGGGGCAGGCACGUGGACGUGGGUCAGAAGAAGAAGAAGAAGAUGCAGGGAAGAGGCCGUGGAGAAAUGGGAGCUGGAGUACUGGCCUCACAGAUUCCACUAUAAAGAUCUUAGCGUUGCCACUAAAGGCUUCGGGCAAGAGCAACUCCUGGGCCACGGAGGUUUCGGCCGGGUUUACCGUGGUGUUCUUCCGGACAGCGGAGUAGAUGUAGCUGUGAAAUGCAUUAUUGGAGAAUUCACUGAAGGGAUGAAAGGUUUCGUAGCGGAGAUCUCGAGCAUGGGGCGGAUGCAGCACCGGAACCUGGUGAAGCUGCGCGGGUGGUGCAGGCGCAACAAGGAGCUCUUCCUCGUCUACGACUACAUGCCCAACGGAAGCCUUGAUAAACUCAUCUUCGAUAACCCAAAAGCGGUGCUUCCGUGGUCUCAUAGGUACAAUAUUCUCAAGGGAGUUGCCGCUGGGUUGCUCUAUCUGCACGAGCAAUGGGAGAAACGGGUGGUGCACCGAGACGUUAAAUCGAGCAACGUGUUGUUGGAUUCGGAGCUCAACGGACGCCUCGGAGAUUUCGGGUUGGCCAAAUUAUACGACCACAGCGAGAACCCGCAGACCACGCAUGUGGUGGGGACUCUAGGAUACAUAGCGCCUGAGCUCAUUCAGACGGGGAAAGUCACACCCAGCUCGGACGUGUACAGUUUCGGUGCUCUGCUAAUGGAAGUUGCCUGCGGAAGGAAGCCCGUGGAUCCUUCCAUGGACACCGAUCGAGUUGUUUUGGUAGAAUGGGUAAGUGAGUUGUAUGCGAAUGAGCGGCUGCUGGACGCAGCCGAUCCCAAGCUCCAGGGCAACUACGACGUGGAAGAGAUGGAACGAGUGCUGAAAUUGGGAUUGUUUUGCUCGCACCCGGAGGAUGUAAGUAGGCCCUCCAUUCGGUACGUCUGCCAGAUUCUUGUGGGGGAGACUUCCUUUCCUGAUGUGGACAUGACUUCGCUUGACGCCACCGUCAUGACUCCGGCGGCCUUAUUACCCACUAAAUCUAGAAGCAUGGUUUCCUUUGCAAGAGUUAAAGCGCCCGUGGAAGGGUCGAAAUACAAGCAGAUCUAUGCAUCCGAUCACUCUUUCAGCUGUGGAACUUCUUGCGACCACAUCAACUCCGCCGAGAAUAUAGAGUCACCGGGGAGCGAUGGGUUGUUUGCGUCUACUGCAUCGGAAUCAGCCACCUUGUCGUCUAGAUCAUCCAUGCACAUGAAUAGCAUUGGUUUAAUCUAUUCAAGAUGA